CUCCUCCUUCUCUCCUCUCCUCUCUCAGUCAAGCCUGAUCUGUGAGCACUUAGAUGGAAUAGCAGCAUUUUUUCCCCCCUUUUGGUGUCACGGGAAGAAGACUGGAAACAAGGUGGUUUCCUAAAAGGAUAAAUAAAACCCAGGUCUGGUUUUGGUACCUGCUUUUUUUUUUCUUUCUUUUUUUUUCUUUCAACUGGGACCUGCACAGGAAGGCGACGGUGGACACUGGUCCCGGUUCCUGAGCGCGGAGUGCGGAGAUGGGCAGACCGGAGGGGUUGGCCAGGCCACCUCUGGUGUCGGCCAUGGCGUUCUCUCUCCUGGCUCUCUCUUUGCUCUGCGUCGGCGUCUCCAGCCUCCCGCAGCCUCUGCCAAGAGUCUUCCUCUCCUUUGAAGACCUUCAGGCCUCUCAGUCCUUUGAACACUACAGCAUAUCAGACAAGGCCAUGGACUACAGGAUCCUGCAGAUGGACGAGGAUCAGGACAGGAUGUACGUGGGCUGCAAGGACCACGUGCUCUCCAUGGACAUCAACAACAUCACCCAGGGCACGCUUAAGGUGUUUUGGCCGGCGUCUACAAGCAAAAUAGAAGAAUGCCAAAUGGCAGGCAAGGACCCUACACACGGCUGUGGGAACUUCAUCCGAGUGGUGCAGCCCUAUAACAGAACUCAUCUGUUCAUGUGCGGCAGCGGAGCGUACAGUCCCGUCUGUGUGUACAUCAACAGGGGCCGCAGACCAGAGGAGCAAGUGUUUCACAUUGACUCGCGGACUGAAUCCGGGAAAGGGAGAUGCUCCUUCAACCCUGAAGUGAACACGGUGUCGGUCAUGCUCAACCAGGAGCUGUUCUCAGGCAUGUACAUUGACUUCAUGGGGACAGAUGCUGCCAUCUUCAGGAGCCUGACCAGGAGAAAUGCAGUGCGGACGGAUCAGCACAACUCAAAGUGGCUCAGUGAGCCAAUUUUCAUCGACGCCCACCUGAUACCAGACGGAACAGACCCCAAUGACGCAAAAUUGUACUUUUUCUUCCGGGAGAGGCUGACGGAUAACAGUGGGAACACUAAAAAUAUCCACACCAUGGUGGCCAGAGUGUGUCCAGUGAGUAUCUCCGUCUGUGCCGAAGCAAAUCAAUACUGCAUGUUCUCUGGUGUCGUGUUGCUAUGCUGCAGCUUUUCUCUGCAGAAUGACAUCGGAGGGCAGCGGAGCCUCGUGAACAAGUGGACCACCUUCCUGAAAGCCCGGAUGGUGUGCUCGGUCCUGGAGGAGGACGGCACUGAGACGCACUUUGAUGAACUCGAAAGUGUGUUUUUGCUGGAAACCGAUCAGCCCAAGGGCCUGUUGGUGUUUGGGGUCUUCACAUCCACAAGCUCUGUGUUUAAGGGUUCAGCUGUGUGUGUGUACAACAUGGCAGACAUCCUCACUGUCUUCAACGGGCCCUUUGCUCACAGGGAGGGACCCAACUUUCAGUGGGUGGCCUUUCAGGGCCGCAUCCCGUAUCCAAGGCCUGGAACUUGUCCGGGUGGAGCCUUCACACCUGACAUUCAGACAACAAAGCAGUUCCCAGACGACGUGGUAAACUUUGUGCGGAACCAUCCGGUCAUGUUCAACCCCAUCUACCCUCUGGGAAGGCGACCCCUGGUGGUUCGCACCAACGCUGACUAUAAAUACACAUCGGUGGCCGUGGACCAGGUCAUGGCUGCAGACGGCAACUACCAAGUGCUGUUCCUGGGCACAGACAAAGGUACGAUACAGAAGGUGAUUGUGCUGCCGAACAAUAAUUCCCUGCAUGAAGAUCUGAUCCUGGAGGAGCUGGAAGUGUUUAAGAACCAAGCUCCUGUUACAAACUUAAGAAUAUCCUCCAAAAAACAACAGCUGUACGUCAGCUCGGAGUUCGGGGUCUCGCAGGUCUCCCUGCACCGCUGUCACGCUUACGGCUCGGCUUGCGCCGACUGCUGCCUCGCCAGGGACCCCUACUGCGCCUGGGACGGGCUCAGCUGCUCCCGCUUCUAUCCCACCAGCAAAAGGAGAAGCAGGAGGCAGGAUAUUAUGCACGGAAAUCCACUCACUCAGUGCAGGGGAUUCAAUUUAAAAGCCUACAGGAACGCAGUGGAGAUGACACAAUAUGGCGUGAAAAACAACACCACCUUUCUGGAGUGCCUUCCCAAGUCUCCUCAGGCGUCCGUGCGCUGGCUCAUUCAGAGAGACAACGACAGGCGGAAAGAGGUAAAGCUGAGUGACCGCGUCCUCUCCACCGAGCACGGCCUCCUCAUCCGCUCCGUGCAGCUGUCCGACCAGGGCCUGUACUACUGCCUGGCCACGGAGAACGCCUUCAAACGCACCGUCGCCAAAAUCCGCCUGCGCGUGCUGAGCGAGGCCAUGGUGACCAUGCUGACGGACAAGCAGCAGUCCCCGUGGGCGUGGGCCAGCUCCCUGCACCCUAAGGCCCUGCUCUCGGCCUUCAGUCCUGCAGAGAGCCUGGCCGUGCAGCAGUACUGCAAAGAGAGGAGGGAGGUCCAGAAGCUCCAGCAGAGGCAGCAGCCGCCCCCGCCGCCUGGACCUCUCAGGGGCGACCUGGCCAAACUGAAGCCGCUGCUGGACCGACGGAAGAGCCGCAACCGACGCAAUCACCUCCCAGAGGACUGACACAGGCAGGGGGCCGGCCGGCUGAAGAAACUGACGCGCACGCCUUCCUCUAAUCCUACGCACUACAGUUAGCAGCAGUUACACAUCCUCAUCUUCCAACUCUCAUCUCAUCUGCAGAGCUGCACUGUAGAGUAAAACGAGGAGGUGCGGGGUGCAGGGAGCUGUUAAUGGCAAUAUCUCUUUUUCUUGCAUGAGGUACUGUGACCCGACGGCUGUGACGUACACACACUAACACAACCACCAGCCAUUUCAUUUGCUGUCACGGACGCAAAAAUGACUUUUUUUCAACCGCCAACAAGAAACCGCGGCCUCAGCCUAUAUUGCUCAUUAAAAUACACUUAUCCUACUUUAAAUAUUGGAAGGGAAAGUGAGCCGGGGGUGAGGGAUGUUAGCUCACAAUUUGUUCCUUCUUUAAAAAAUAAAGGACGGUAAUGUGAGAUCCAAAAGGGACAUAAGGGAUAAAAGAUGCAUGCUUGACAGAGGGUGUCCUGGCUCUUUAUGCUAAGUGUUACAAUAGUAUUUAAUUAGACUCUACUCACAUUUGAAUGUCUUACUUUCUAAUUAACCAAAUUCUCUUUGUUCUAAAACCGCAGGGCUUCGUGGGUACGUGUAGCAGGGCAAAAAAAGUUCAUGAGUGCUGUAUUUAUUAGUUUAAAGGUCAAAAUGUAAGUGCUAAGCGGAAAAGUAGAAAUUCCAUGUGAGCUGUUGCAAACAUUUUACAUCAUCUCUCCUGUAUUUAUUCCUCGGAUUUACAUGUACUGUAAGAGAAUGUGCCUCACUGUAAUCCAGCUGCAUAAUCAGUCGUGUCACCCUUCCCUCGUUUCCAGCACAUGAGCAUGUUUAUGGAAUCUCAUCAGCGACGCAGAGUUUGUCAGAGUCCUUGGAUUUUGCAACCGAACUAGCCUUUGAACUAAACUUCCACAUUUUCCACAAGCAUACUUAAGUAGUAAAAGUCAGUGAGGUAGAGUUAUUCGACAUAUGUGAAUAGGCUAUAUUUUUUUUCUUUUUUUCGUAGAUGAUGUAGAUACAGAUUAUUUGUUGCUUGUGUACAGUUUUUUUUUUUCACUCUCGUAAUUUAAUGUUGUGCUGCCAGUUUUGUUUUUUUCAUUGUGUUUCCCUUGUGUACAUAAGUUUCAACAAUUGUCACCCACUAACUAUGACUGUAUCUGCAAUUUGCAGAGAUAGACGGUAUUAUUUUCAUUUUUGAGAAAAAACCUUCUAGCGUGUACCUCCCUCUCGUACAGAUCCCUGCUCCACGUUUAAUAAAACUGUGUGACCGGCAUCAUGUCAGCUUGUGCUAUGGAACAUAUGUAUUUCUAUUUAUUAAUGUUAUGAUAGCCUGAAUAAAUCUGUCCAGAUGAUCUUAGA